GUGAUGUGACGUCACGGGGAGGUGUCGCGCGAUUCCUGUUGAGGAAGUGAUGAGCACUGCAGCUCCACUGCAAUGACAGCCUGAUUGUCACGCGAUUAUCCUCACGUCUGUGUUUCAUUUUCGCCGUAACAUCGCAAAAAAUGGCAGAGACUGGAAAUCGUUUGCGUAAGUUGCUGGAAUCCCCUAAUUUUGACCCUCAGUCGUACGUGAAGCAGCUCUCGCAGCAGUCGGACGGGGACCGGGAUCUACAAGAACACCGACAGAAAGUACAAACACUCGCCGACGAAACCGCGCAAAACCUGAAGAAAAACGUUUAUAAAAACUACAGGCAGUUUAUUGAGACAGCCAAGGAGAUUUCUUACUUGGAAAGUGAGAUGUAUCAGCUGAGCCACAUUCUCACUGAGCAGAAGAGCAUCAUGGAGAGCAUUACACAGUCUCUCCUGUCCACAGAUAAAGACCAGGCAGCCAGAGAGAUGCUCGCAGCCUUCCCAAAGGAGACCGAAGAGGUUAAACAAAGAACCCUAACCACACUUUUGGAAAAAGUGGAGGGUUGUAAGAACAUCAUGGAAACCCCAGGCAGAUAUCUGGUCUAUAAUGGUGAUCUUUUGGAGUAUGACGCGGACAACAUGUCACAGAUCCAAAAGGUUCACGCGUUUCUGAUGAACGAUUGCCUGCUCAUAGCAACCUGGCUGGCCAACAGACGCGGAGCCGUGAAAUACAAAUAUGAUGCCUUGUAUGAUCUAGAAAACUUUGCGGUUGUGAACGUAAAAGACAACCCUCCGAUGAAAGACAUGUUUAAAAUCCUCAUGUUCCCCAAUAGCCGCAUCUUCAAAGCCGAGAACAGCAAGAUCAAGAAAGAGUGGCUGGAGAUUCUGGAGGAAACGAAGAAAAACAAAGUGGCGAAAGACAAAAACAUAAAGGAAGAGGAAGUUCCGACGUCGCCGGUCAGACAGGAAGUCUCCACAAACCCGUUUGACGAGGACGAACCUCUGGGUUCAGAGGAACUGGUGGAUCUCAGUCCCGAAUGGAUCCGGGAGCUUCCAGAGGACCUUGACGUGUGCAUCGCUCAGAGAGACUUUGAGGGUGCUGUUGAUCUUCUGGAUAAGCUAAACGAAUAUCUGAAGGAGCAACCAGUGAGUCCACGGGUGAAGGAGCUGAGGGGGAAGGUGGACGAGCGUGUUCGACAGCUGACCGAGGUCCUGGUGUUCGAGCUCUCGCCGGAUCGCUCGCUCCGUGGAGGACCGAAAGCCACGCGGCGAGCCGUCUCUCAACUCGUUCGCCUGGGACAGUCCACGAAGGCCUGUGAGCUGUUUUUGAAAAACAGAGCGGCGGCCGUCCAAACCGCCAUCCGGCAGCUUCGCAUCGAGGGCGCCACACUGCUUUACAUCCAAAAGCUCUGCAACAUCUUCUUCACGAGCAUGCUUGAAACCGCCAGGGAGUUUGAGACUGAUUUCGCAGGCAACACUGGCUGCUACUCCGCCUUCGUUGUCUGGUCUCGUUCGGUGAUGAAGAUGUUCGUAGAUGCCUUCAGCAAGCAGGUGUUUGACAGCAAAGAAAGCUUGUCCACCGCUGCAGAAUGCGUGAAGUUCGCCAGCGAGCACUGCAUGCAGCUGAGCGAGAUCGGCUUGGAUCUGACCUUCAUUUUGCAGUCGUUACUCGUGAAAGACAUCAGGGCGGCUCUCCAAAGCCAGAAGGACAUCAUCAUAGAAGCAACGAAGCAUCGUAACUCUGAGGAGAUGUGGCGUAGGAUGAACCUGAUGACCCCUGAAGCUCUGGCCAAGCUCAAGGACGAAAUGCGAAGCUGCGGGAUCGGCAGUUUCGACCAGUAUACGGGAGAAGACUGCUGGGUCAACCUGAGCUACACCAUCGUGGCCUUCACCAAGCAGAUGAUGGCCUUCCUGGAGGAAGGGCUGAAGCUGUACUUCCCCGAGCUGCACAUGGUGUUUCUGGAGAGUCUGCGGGAGAUCAUACUGGUUGCGGUGCAGCAUGUGGACUACAGCCUGCGCUGCGAGCAGGAGGCCGAGAAAAAGGCCUUUAUUUUGCAGAACGCGUCGUUCCUGCAUGAGACGGUGCUUCCUGUUGUGGAGAAGCGGUUUGAGGUGGGAGUCGGGAAACCAGCCAAACAGCUCCAGGAUCUGAGGAAGAGCUCUCGGCCUGUCAAGGUCAACCCCGAGAGCACCAUGUCUCUCGUCUAAUAGAGAUGAGUUCGGAUGUGAAUGAAGGAGACUAACUAGAAGUCUUCAAAUCUCAUUUCACUACGUUGCACUCAUGUGACUAAUUUUUGGUUUUGUGAUGCACUCCUAACCUCUCACACUCUUUAAAGAUAUAGUUCACUGAAAAUAAAAAUGUUAAAUUUUUUUUUACUCACCUUUAUGACAAAGCUUUAUGUUGCUGUACACAGAACACGAAAGGAGAAAUUAAAAACUCUAACUGUACCUAAUUGCAUCUUUUAAAUUUCAGCCACAGAAUAAAACAAAACAGGUAAUUGUGACUUUUUAUCUCACAAUUCUGACGUGUUUAUAUCUCAUAAUUGUGAGUUUAUUGCUCACGAUUCUAAUUUGUUGUAAGUUUACAUUAUGAACUAUUUUUCUCAGAAGUGAGAAUUGUAAAGAAUUGUGAGGAAAAAAAUUGUAAUUGCCUUUUAUUUUUUUAUUCUGUGGCUGAAACGGGCUUCUAUGUCAAACCAAAUGGCAACAGUGUAACACUUAAAUGUAAUAAUAUUUAGAGUAUUAAUUGUGCUUUGUCGAGAGAUCAGCUGUUGGUUCUUUAAUCAUUUAUAAUGAACUGUAUAUUAUUAAAGUACAUGGAAAUUAAUAUUGCCCUAUUAAAAUGUAAAGAAUUACAUUUAAUUUGUCAUUUCAAUCAAACAAAAAGACAGACGUUAAGAUGAAAACACUUUUAUAUAUACUGCUUUCUCUUGAGUGUAUUUUUGGACACAUAAACAUAAACACUUUUGGUUUAAAAAAGCAAGGUGCAUUAUACUCCCUUAAUAUGAAUAUGCUGUAUUCUUUUGAUCCUAUGCUCCAGAUGUCGAAGCUUUUAAAUGUAGUGGGCCCUGGUGUACAGGGAAUUGUUCAAUAAAAAUAAAUCUCUGGGAAAAAUCCCAAAGCCAAA